CGGACGUCUCGUACAUCCCAGUUUGAAAAAAAUAGCAGAAAGAAUGAGAACAAACUUGGCUGCCUGCGGCUGGUAGAGGAGGAGUGGGAUGCGAGGAGUCUGAGGCGGCUUCCUCCGGGAUGGAUGGCAUUUUCUGCUGAAAAGAUCAAACUGGGAGGAUGGGAAGUAUGGAAAAUACAGAUUUAGAGGAGUUCCCUCCUCCACCUCCUGAAGUCUUGGAAAAUGCUGGCGUUUAUGAGGAUGAGGACGAAGGCGAGAAAUUUGAUUUUGAUAGUGGAGAUGAUGCUCCGGAAGCAGAUAGGCAGCCACUCCCAGUGGCCGAGGAUGAUCUAAUUGACAUGGGGCUCAACCUCCCCGAUCCUCCAGAUCUACUAUUAGAAGAUGAUUGUGGAGCCAUACUGCAAGAUUCACCAGCUCUAACUGAUCUGAGUGCAGCACCAAAGAAAGUGAAUCCGUAUUCUGUGAUCGAUAUUGCGCCAUUUCAAGAGGGAGAGCCUACUUCUUUAGAGUCUCCGUCUGAGGAAGACUGCUCUAGUCCUCGGGUGCCAAGUGGUUAUUCUGUUCCUGUGCCAUGUGGCUAUGCCGUCCCUUCCAACUUGCCCUUAUUGUUGCCAGCGUACUCCACACCAGUUAUAAUCCGCAACAUAUCUGUUGAUGAACAAGGCGUUCAAGAGGAGGUGUCUAAUCCUCACUUUCAUCUUGUGGACGUGGACAACAAUCAUAUAAGUGAAGAUUUCCAAGCCUUCAAAGAAGAGGACGUGUUGGCAAAAUGGGUGUCCGAUCCUGCAAAUACGGAAUGGAUGGAGAAUCCUGAUGAAGUGAUUUAUGAUGAUGUUCCAAGGGAAAACUCUGAUUCAGCUACAGAUCCUGAGGAGAUGAUUUAUGAUGAUGUGGAGAAUGGAGAGGAGGCUGGAAACAGCUCUUUGGAUUAUGGAUGGAGUUCUAGUGAAUUUGAAAGCUAUGACGAGCAGAGCGACUCAGAAUCUAAGCAUGGUGUCCCAAUCUCUUUCCUCAGAGGAGGCAACAAGAGACAUCUUUCUCAGGACCUUACACGUAUAAAACAGCACUACGAGCAAAAGAUGAAAGAUUUGGUGGCAAACAAAGUGGGAGGAGUAGAGAUCCAACAGUUAAAACACAAACAUGAACUCAAGAUGCAGAGACUGAUGAAGGCUGCAAAGGAAGGCACAAAAGACGGACUUGAGAAAACGAAGGCUGCUGUGAAGAAGGGUCGCUCCUACAUCCGAACAAAAUCUUUUGUUUUGCAUGACCGUAAAUCUGUUUGUAUUGAGGAUGAAGAGUUAAAUUUAUUCAUCGAUGUGGACUGUGUGCAUACUGAGGCCAUCAUGUCCCCAAUGCCAGAAGGACUAACCCAGCAGCAGGUUGUUAGAAGAUACAUUCUCGGAUCGAUUGUGGAAAGCGAGAAAAACUAUGUCGACUCAUUGAAACGAAUUCUCGAGAAUUACGAGAAGCCUUUGUGUGAUAUGGAGCCCAAGCUGUUAAGUGAAAGGAAGCUGAAAAUAGUGUUCUAUCGGAUAAAGGAAAUUCUCCAGUGCCACUCGCUGUUCCAGAUUGCUCUUGCCAGCCGGGUGUCUGAGUGGGACUCCACAGAAAUGAUUGGAGAUGUGUUUGUGGCAUCGUUUUCGAAAUCCAUGGUGCUCGAUGCUUAUAGCGAAUACGUCAACAAUUUCAGCACUGCAGUUGGGGUCCUCAGGAAAACAUGUGCCACCAAACCAGCUUUUUUGGAAUUUUUAAAACAGAGUCAAGACUGCAGCCCUGAUCGCAUCACUCUGUACGGUUUGAUGAUGAAGCCAAUCCAGCGCUUCCCACAGUUUAUCCUCUUGUUACAGGAUAUGUUGAAAAACACAGUGAAGGGUCACCCUGAUCGACUUCCCCUACAGAUGGCUCUGACAGAGCUGGAAACAUUAGCAGACAAACUCAACGAAAGGAAGCGAGACGCAGAUCAACGCUGUGAAAUUAAGCAAAUCGCCAAGGCAAUGAAUGAAAGGUACCUCAACAAGCUCCUCAGUAAUGGAAGCAGAUAUCUUAUCCGAUCAGAUGACAUGGUAGAAACCGUGUACAACGAGAAGGGCGAGAUACUGAAAACUAAGCAGAGACGUCUCUUCAUGCUGAAUGACGUACUGAUGUGUGCCACAGCUAAUACAAGGUCGUCUAAUGAAGGCAGCAAUAUGGUAACAAGUCAGAAAUACUUACUGAAAUGGAGUGUACCUCUGGGUCAUGUUGAAGUUAUUGAAUAUGGGGAAAGUGAAGAGCAAGGAAAUCAGACUCGGUUUUCUUCUUUGCAUGCAGCUGAGAAGGUUGUUUGUGUCAAACCAAAUAAAUUAUACAUGGGGCCUGGGCAACUUUAUCAAGAUUUACAGAAUCUGCUGCACGAUUUAGAUGUUGUAAACCAAAUCUCUCAAUUAGUAUCUCAACUGAGAGGAAACUAUCAGAACUUGAAUCCUACAGUGGCCCAGGACUGGUCUUCAGGCUUACAAAGACUGAUCUUGAGGAAAGAGAAUGAAAUUCGAGCCGCAGACCGCUGCAGAAUUCAGCUCCAGCUUCCUGGCAAGCACGACAAAUCAGGACGACCCACUUUCUUUACCGCGGUCUUUAAUACUUUUACUCCUGCUGCAAAGCAGUCUUGGAUCAAUAAUUUACAGAUGGCGAAACUAGCUCUUGGAGAGGAGAACCAGCUGGGUUGGUUCUGCCUAGAAGAUGAGGGAAACCCUAUCAAAAAGGAAAAGCAGCCCUUGCUCGUCAAGCACCUUCCCGUGAUCAUGUCUAAGCAGCAGGAAUUUAAAAUUGAAUGUGCCGUCUAUAAUCCUGAACCUUAUCUCAGUAGUGAAAACGAUCCUGAUACUCUUUCAGUGCAUCAUGGAUUUCUGUGGAUUGGCAGCUGCACUAAUCAGAUGGGGCAGAUCGCCGUUGUUUCACUUCACAACCGUAGCCCAAAGGUGAUAGAAUGUUUCAACGUAGAGUCCCGCAUACUGUGCAUGGCGUACGUCCCCGAGGAGGAAAGACACAAACUAUCAAGUGAUGUCCCAGAUACCGAGUGUGAUUCUACCCGAGCACCAGAUGUGCCCACAGUCUGCCUGGGCAUGGAGGAAGGAAGUAUAUGCGUUUAUAAAAGUAGCCAAGGUUCAAAAAAGGUUCGACUGCAGCACUUCUUCACUCCAGAAAAAGCCACCGUCAUGAGUCUUGCUAGCAUCCCACGAAACUUGUAUGCAGGACUGGUGAAUGGCAGUCUUGCGGUCUACUCAAAGAUGGAAGAUGGAUCCUGGGACACCGAGUCUCCAAAGCUGAUAAAAUUGGGUGUUCUACCCGUUCGCAGUUUGUUAGUAAUGGAGGGAACUAUUUGGGCUGCUUCUGGAGGACAGAUAUUCAUCAUUGGCAAGGAGAGUUAUAACAUAGAGCAUCAAUUUGAGGCUCACCAAGAAGAAGGCAUGGUGAUUUCACACAUGGCAGUCGCUGGGGUCGGCAUCUGGAUUGCCUUUACAUCUGGCUCAACUUUGCGUCUGUUCCAUACAGAGACCUUCGAACACCUUCAAGAUAUUAGCAUAGCUACUCCAGUACACAAUAUGUUAUCAGGACAGCAGCGUGUUUCUGUGACUAGCUUACUGGUUUGCUAUGGAUUGCUAAUGGUUGGAACAAAUCUUGGUGUCAUUGUAGCAUUUCCAGUCCCUCGUCUACAAGGAAUUCCAAAAGUGACCGGGAGAGGAAUGGUAUCCUACCAUGCCCACCAUGGUGCUGUCAAAUUCCUUGUAAUGGCAACUGCUGUGAACAAAAAGCACAAGCGGACUCCAAGUAGAUCUAGCCAGACUUCAAAUAUGGAAGAGAAAAGAGAGGACACUCGCAGUGCUCAUGUACAAAAUGAGGAAGCCGGUACUUCUGCAGCCACCAAUGACAGCGCCGUGUGGCUUGGGGGCUCCAUGGGGUCCAUUGCACAAAAAAGUGACUUGUCUUCCUCCUCUGGCUCUCUCACGCUGUCUCAUGGCUCGAAUUCAUAUGAUAUUGGGAGGGAAGAUUGCACUCUUUAUGAUCUUCUAAGUGACCCAAACAUGCCACCACAAAGUGGCCGAAGACAAAGAGCAAGGAAGCUUAAGGCGGACUCUGUCAUGGUUAUCUCUGGUGGACAGGGCCACAGAAGAAUAAACAAGAAGCAUAAACCACAGCGUCAGGAAGAGCCGGUUUCUUCUGCUAUGGUUUGGCAGAUCCCAUUGUUACACAUUUAAUGACACGCAGGAGUACAAUAAAUGUGUGCCAUAGUUCAUACAGUAUUCUGCUGCAUCUGCGCCUUCUCCUUCUUAGGUUUCUUCGUUAACACUUUACCGUCUUCUAAUCUGCUGCCCUCUAACUCAAACUAUUCAUAUAAUCUAUAUAAAAUACAGGGAUGUCACCUUAUGAGAAAUCUAUGCUGCAGCUAGGGCUGAAACGAUUCAUUGAUGUAAUCGAG